AUAUAUAUCUGGGCGAGACGCUCGGCGGUCCUCUGGCAGCCAAAAUGAAGCUCCUGGUGACUCCGUGCUGCUUGCUGUGGCUCCUGGCUCUGUCGGCUGCAGAUCUCCUGGCAGAGUCUUCCAUCCACGAUGAGGAACCUCGGAUGCAUCUUCAGCUCCAGCAGCCAGAGGGAGACCUCUUCUCCUGUGGGUGUGACACGGCAGAUGCCAGCCAGACCUCAUCUAAUGACACCCCCGCUCCAGAGAGAGCCGUGUGCCAGCCCUGCAAACCGCUGACAAGUGAUGAAGAAGAGCUAGCGGCUUUGUCUGAGCCGGGGGUGGAGGAAGUGCCUCCAACCGAGGAUGACUCUUCGGCUGAGGAAGUUGCAACUGCAGAAAGGGGCCCAGAGGAGGACGAAGAGGUGACAUCUGAGGAUCAAAGCAAGGAACAGGAAGUAUCAGAGGAUAUUUUUGAGGAGGAGGAGGUCACAGGAGCGGAAGCUGAGGAAGAAGAGGAGACACCUGUGGAAGAGGAGCUGGAAGAACUAGAGGAAUUGCCUCAGGUAUCUGAAGGAAACGCGAAUCAGGACGCUGAAUCCGCAGCUGACAAAGAGAUUGUGGAGGAAUCAGAUGAUGAAGGCGCAGAGGAGGAUGUAUCAGCGCCUGAACCAGAGGAAAGACACCUAGAUCUGACAGAAGACCUCAAAUCAGUACCACAGGAGCCACCAAAGGAUUCCUCAGAUCCAGAGGAGGAACCAGAUGUGACAGAACAACCGGAAGCAGAAGCAGAGCAGGAAGUCACUCCUGAGCCGGAGCUGAUUCCUGAGCCUGACCCAGAACCAGAAGCCAUCCACCAGGACAGCCAGGAGCCUCCUGUGGAAGGUACUGUAGAUGAAGUGGUGAAGGAAACUACGGAGGACACUCCGGUCUCUGAACAGGGAUCCGACCAGGAGGCCACAGUGGAGGAGGCGCCUGCAGAGAAGCCUGCACCGUCUCAACCUAAAGGUAUAAAAGAGGGCGACGCCAUCGGGUCAGGCCUGAGAGACCGCUCCCACAUUGAGGAGAUGCUGCGACUGGCGACCUCUGAACCGUCAGUGGAGUUCUCUGGCGCCAUAAAGAGGCUGUUGGACAUCUACCACAAGGCCAUCAAGCCGAUGGAACAAGUCUUUAGGUACAACGAGCUCAGGCAGCAUGAAGUCACAGAUGGUGAAAUAACCUCAAAGCCAAUGGUUCUGUUUCUCGGACCCUGGAGCGUAGGCAAGUCCUCCAUGAUCAACUACCUGCUGGGUCUCCACGGCACGCCCCAGGAACUUUACACAGGUGCUGAACCCACCACGUCUGAGUACACGGUCAUCAUGCACGGGGAGCGGCUUCGGACCAUAGAGGGCAUCGUGAUGGCGGCAGACAGUUCAAGGUCCUUCUCUCCCCUGGAGAAGUUUGGCCAGGGCUUCCUGGAGCGACUGGUGGGCAUCGAGAUGCCCCACAAGCUCCUGGAGAGGGUCACCUUUGUUGACACGCCAGGCAUCAUUGAAAACCGCAAGCAGCAAGAGAGAGGUUACCCGUACAACGACGUGUGCCAGUGGUUCAUCGAUAGAGCCGACCUCAUCUUCCUGGUGUUCGACCCCACCAAGCUGGAUGUGGGAGGUGAGCUGGAGAUGCUCUUCCGGCAGAUGAAGGGCCGCGAGUCCCAGAUUCGCCUCAUACUCAACAAGGCCGACAGCCUCUCCACGCAGGACCUGAUGAGGGUCUACGGGGCCCUGUUCUGGAGCAUGGCGCCGCUCGUCAAUGUCACGGAGCCCCCCCGCGUGUACGUCAGCUCCUUCUGGCCUCAGGAUUACGCCCCAGACACCAGCCGAGAGCUCUUCAUGAAGGAGGAAAUCUCCCUGAUAGAGGAUCUCAACCAGGUGAUUGAGAAUCAGAUAGAGAACAAAAUCGCCUUCAUUCGCCAGCAUGCCAUCCGCGUACGCAUCCACGCUCUGCUGGUGGACCGCUACCUUCACACCUACCACGAGAAGCUGGGCUGGUUCGGAGACCCCCACGAGGUCUUCCAAGACAUCGUGAACGAGCCGGACAAGUACUACAUCUUCAAGUCCAUCCUGGCCAAGACCAACGUCAGCAAGUUCGACCUGCCCGACAAGGAGGCUUACCAGGACUUCUUUGGGGUCAACCCCAUCUCCAACUUCAAGCAGCUGUCCCAGCACUGCAGCUGGACCGGCGGCUGCCUGCUGGAGAAGAUUGAGAAGGCGAUCUCGCACGAGCUUCCGGCUCUGCUCAGCGGCAUCACCAAAAGCUCAGAGGCGCCCGCCCCCCCGGCGAAGGCUGCCCCGGCAUCUCCGCCGCCUCUCCCCGGUGCCUGCAAGAGUCCCGAGUGUGAGGAGAAACCCAAAAACCGCUGGAGGAAGCAGUGAGGUGGAAGGGAAGAGGACAGGAGGCAGCCGGGAACCAGAUGGCAGCUAGAGAGCUUCCUGGAAUAAUCCCCACUGAUGGGGAUUUCAGGAAUAGCUGCAGGGAGACUGGACGGGAGAAAAGUGUAAAAUAAAAUUAAAUAAAAACCUAUACAGAAUGGACUUCAGAAUAUUUUGUGUUACUACUUAAAUGGAAGAAGAAAACACUUGCCUUACAGAUACUUUGUUAGUUUUGUUUGAAUGCUGAGAAAACUAAUACACCUUUAUUGGAACCCUUUAUAAAGAUGUGUAAAAAGCACUAAAUUAAUUUUUGUAUUGCUCUACUGUAUAAUCAUACCAGUUUUUUUAGCCUGAUUUUGAAUCUGAAUACAUUUGUUUAAUUGGGGGGAAAGAAUCCUGCCAUCGACGACUGACCCUGGACUCCACUGAUCUAAGAGCUGUUAUCGGGACUUGGUGACCCCGAUGUGCAGCAGUUCUGUAAGAGUGAGUUUUAAAGAUUUGUUUCGUUUUGUUUGAAUACUUGGCUGAAUACUUUGGCAAUUUUCUAACUUUUGACCUGUGAAGACUGAACGAACAUCUGCCUGAGUUGAAUGAUGUAAUCCUUUAUUUGCCCCAUUUUGAAGAGCGGUUUAGAGAAAGGGGUGUGCACCAUAUUUCUCCCCCAGGGAAGCAGGGAGUUAUGGAAAAGUAAAGUUUAAAGUAUAAACAAACAAACAAAACAAAAAAAACUUUGGAAACAUUUGUUUUAUAGGAAGUGUAAGAAAAAAAUCCAAUUGGUGAUGCACCAGUGAGUUAAAAUUUAUCCUUCUUAAUGUCUGUUUUUCAUACAAAUUUAAGAUUGUUUUUUUUUUCUCUAAAAUGUUCAAUGAAUGAUUAUUCUGCAAUUAAUGGUUUGUUAUCUCAGGCUUUUUUAACAUACUUUUACCAAGGGUGCCAACUGCGAAGGGUGCUGUAUAUCAAUAUUGAAGAUGCAGAAUUUCAUGUGUUUGGCAAUAUGUGAAUAACCUCACUUCUUGUGUCGAUUAAAAAGUUCCUCAAAUUCCUCUCUGUGAUGGUUAUGUCAUUGCAAACUUUGAUGAAUGUCUAGAUAAUAAAAAAAUCUUUAAAGUUUA